UUGAACUAUGGGCCAUAGCUGGAAUUAGUCAGGGAAGUCUGGCAAACCUCGGCGACAAACUGACUUUGGCAAUAUUAGUCAGGCCAAAUCUGGCCCAUAUACAUAUUCCCGUAGUCCGACACUCAUUCUCUGGUCCACCCUUGGCCCAUACAUGAAUAUCCAAGUCUGGCUUGAGUCCUAAAUAGUGAGUCUGGCCCAAAGCAUUCUGUCCAAACUUUCCCCAAAGUAAGAAAUUCAUCUGUGGGCCAGAGUCGCCCCAUAGUUUGCAUCCCAAAGUCUGGCAACAUUGCGGCAGUUAUUAUCCGGCCCACUUUGGGGAAACAUCUGAGCAUUAUUUCAUCUUUUUGUCAACGGACAACAUUAUUUUGACUCCGUCAGUCAUUAUUUCUCGCACCAUGGCCAUUAGUAUUUCGAAAAAAUUUUGUGUUGUGCAAUUUCUAAAAGAAAAUUCUUUUGCUGCCGUCCCCUCUAAAUGGAUCAUUGAAGAAGAAGGAAACUUGAUGUGCAGGUGGCCAAGAGGGACACAACUAUUAGAUUUAAUUAAGAAUCCUGAUAGCAUUCCUAAGAAAACGUGGAAGAAACUAGGAAUCAAAUUAUUCCGGUCCUUCGGUAGUGAUGAAUACGAGUUAGCAAACUUCAAUGUCGACCAGGCCAAAGUAAUUAGUGGAGGCGAGAGUCAAAGUGGUUCGCUGUCCAGCGACAAAGACGAGGUCAACGAAACGGUCGGAGUUAAGAAAACAAAUAAUAUAAUAUCCACUGAUCUGUCCGUUUCUUCAUUAACUGCUCCACCGCUAGGUAAUUUAAUUGCAGCCUUAUGUCAUAAUUAUGGUUGUGCUAAUUUUAUUGUCCCGAUAGAUUUUAAUCAAGAUUUGGAACUCAGUCCUGUCAGCCCUACCACUUCAAACAAUUUACAGGAACCAGUGAUUUUGGUGGAUGACCAGAGAGAAGGUUUUACACAAAAUGGUGAUAAUAACUCUCAAAAUGCACCUGAUUUGUCUACUCCAAUUUUAAUUCAAACCCUUCCUUCAGAGUCUGACAAAGUGUUUCAAGAGACCGUGAUAAAACUUUUGGUGGAUCUCAAGACUGAAGUUGCUGUCCUCUCAAGUAAAGUGGCAUCUCUAACUAAAUUUGGAAAAUUAGACAAUAUAAGUGCAUUUCCAUUUGAGAAUGAGAUGCAAUAUAUUAAACGAACAUUACGGUCCAAGCGUCAUCCAAUGCAGCAAAUGAUUAAUAGAAUUCACGAGAGGCAAAAUAAUCACAAAAGUAAAAUCCCAGUAAUUUAUAAAGGUCUUGGGUUUAGUUUAAAAUCUGGUUCCGUCGUUACUUGCAAGAAAGGGAACAAUGUGGUCCUCUUGAAUAGUGGUGAGUGUGUAUUAAUUAAUUAUAUUAAUAAUGAUAUAUGUGAGGGGUUUAAAUUUAAAACAGUUAAAAGCUUGUAUGAUCAUCCCUGUCAAAGUCAGAACGUACACAUGUACUUAUGUGCAGAUAUUGACACAAACAAGAUACAAUUUAAAAAUAGUUGUGUAAAGUCAAAAUGUUAUAUGAUUCCUCAUUUAGAAUUGGACACAUUUGUGUGUGUCGCGCUACUUUAAUUUAUGUUCUUUUAGUGUAUCUAAUUAAUUUUGUUAAAUGUUAUUCAUAAUUUUUGUAUGUAGCUGACGCUUAAUUUAAUUCAAUAAGAAAUAAAAACAUAUAUGAAGGAUA